AUGGAGUCUCCUCCUCUGGCUCAAACUGUGAGGCCGCCCUGGACUUCUGCUGGUUCUCUCUGGGACUGGAUGGUGUCGAGGUUUCACCAGAAGUGGACUACAAGGUUCUUUCAUAAUGAUGAGGAGAUGCUGGUUCUGACCCACAGCGAUGAGCUAAACAGAACCUACGGCGGUGAGAACGGUGGUCCACCUGUGACUGAGCCCGACAGUACCAGUGAGAGACAAGGACCAGUUUCUGACAUGACAGGAUGCAGCUCCUGGUCCACUGGUUUCAAAGAAACCAGAUCUACCCUGGUCUGCACCGGAGCCAGAACCAUCACUCUGACCUCUGCAGUAUCCACUACAGACUGGGUGAAAAGUACCACCAGUCGCCUGGAAGAAAUGAAAUAUUCUGAUGUCCACCUGCAGAAGAUGAGCGGCGGCACCGAGGAACAGAGCGGCUUCGACCAGAGCAGAGGAAACAGGGACAGAAGAGAGAACACAGAAGGACAGGAACCAUCAGACGGAACCGUUCAUUUCUCAGAGUCACGUGGAGACGGUGGGAAAGGAGGGACCAUUUCUGUUGAUCCAAGUCUUCGCCCCACCAUCACUGCCUGGGAGGCUGGCUGGAAUGUGACUAAUGCCAUACAGGGCAUCUUUGUGCUGGGUUUGCCAUUUGCUCUGCUCCAGUCUGGUUAUAUGGGCCUGGUUCUGUUGGUUCUGUCGGCCUGGGUCUGUAACUACACCGGGAGGAUCCUGGUCACCUGUUUGUAUGAAGAAGAACCAAGUGGGAUGUCUAAAGUCAGAGUCCGACAGAGCUACCAGGACAUAGUGGAGGCCUGCUGCAAAGGAUUCUGGUCCAGUUGGUCAGGAGUGGCGGGCUGUGUGGUCAAUGUUGCUCAGGUGAUGGAGCUGUUGAUGACGUGCACCCUCUACCUGGUCGUCUCCACCAGUCUGAUGUCUGACUGUCUGUCAGGGACUGCUGUCCCCAGAUCAGUAUGCUCUCUGGUGUCACUGCUGUUCCUGCUGCCCUGCCUGCUGCUCACUGAUCUCAGACCAGUCUCUGUUCUCAGCCUCUUCUGCUCACUGGCCCACAUCCUGAUCAGCCUGAUGGUCAUGCUGUACUGUCUCAGUCGCUCCAGCACCUGGUCCUGGUUCACUCUGUCUCUGUCUGUGGACCCAGAGAAGUUCCUGGUCUCUGUGGGCGUCAUCAUCUUCUCGUACACCUCUCAGAUCUUCUUGGCUCCUCUAGAGGGCAGUAUGGAAGACAGGGGGCAGUUCAAUGCAAUGUUAGCCUGGACUCACGGAGCUGCCUGUGUAAUGAAGACCAUGUUUUCUUUACUGGCCGUGUUGACCUGGGGUCCAGAGACCAGUGAAGUCAUCACAGAUAACCUGCCCUUUGACCUUCGACCUCUGGUCAAUCUGUGUCUGUUGGCCAAAGCCCUGCUCUCCUACCCUCUGCCGUUCUACUCUGCUGCUGAAAUCCUACAGUCCUGGCUGUUGACAGACCCCGCUGCCCUGCGAUACUCCAAACACAGGAGUGGAGGCGUGUCCUGCUCAGCUCUGCUGGUCCGUGGCGCCUUACUGACGACAUCCCUCCUGGUCCCCAGGUUCUCCUUGUUGAUGGGUUUGACAGGCAGCGUGACAGGGUCAGCCAUGACUCUCAUUCUGCCCUGCCUGUUUCACCUCAGACUUCACUGGGGUCGCCUCACUUUGAGGGACCGGCUGAUUGAUGUUGGUAUACUGAGUCUGGGGGUCGUCUGCAGUCUGUCUGGUGUGAUCUGCUCGGUGAAAAGACUAGUAGAGAGGUUGUAGGAGAGAAAGAAGAAAGAGUGAGAACGGGUCAAUAUGGAAGAGCAACCAGCAUCAAAUGAAUAAAUGUAAGCUGAUAAAUAGAUAAAAGACAA